GGGCUCUUCACGCCGCUGGCUGCGGGUGGGGGGUAGCAGCUGUGAUGCAUGUGCACAGAAAUGCGCCCUUUGCGUACCUGCAGCAAUGUAAAGUUUUGCUGGUUGGGGGUCAUUGAUGGCGUAGAAAGCCCCUUAAUGGGGGGGCCUCUUUGGGUACUAAAAAUAAUGAGCAUCGACAAGCAUGGUUCACACAAACCUCUUAGCUUACCGACGGACGGGCAGCUUUCGAAAUCACCGAGUCUCAGUCGUGGACAUGACUACGUGCUGCCACGAGAUCCGUGGCUGGAAAAAGUGUGGACGUGACUGCAGUCUCAUCCAAUUACAUAAAAUCGGACCCCCAAUGUAGCAAGCUCUGGUUCACGUGUGGGACUGAAAAUUUCAUUCACCAUUUUCU